UUAAUUUAAUAUUUUUCCAUGUAUCAACUCUAUUAGAAUUUUUUUUUUGUUUUAUAUUAUUCAAAUUCACACAUUUGUUCUAUUUCCAAAUUAUUUUGUACCGCCAUUUUGUUUUUCAUGUUGAACGCUUCCAUUUCCAUCCCAGACGAGGUGAAACGAAUGAGUUCGUUGCAAGACGUGAACGUGGUCCCCACCACUAAUUCCACAUCAUCUUCGGGGCUGGUAAGCGUCGUCGUCGUUUGUAUGACAGUUAUGGCUGUUUGCGCACUCGUCUAUUUUGCUAUCCGUUGCUAUUUUGACGAGAGGAGAUGGCGGGCCAGUGCCCUUCUCUGUAAAUGUUUGCCACCGCCAUCAACGGCCUCACUUGCCGAAUGUGGCAAUUCGUGCCGAUAUGUUGAGCGGAGGGCAGUAAACGUGGCCGUUCAAACUGGAGCGACGGAACCGGCUGUAUCUAAUCGAUGGUCGAUGUCUGAUGUUCGCUUGUCGGAGGCGAAACGCAUUUCUGGUUGCGCUUUUAGUUCGCCAUUGGCGAAUAAUAACGAAGCGAUACCUAAUUGGCGUCCACCGGCAACGGGUUCUAGUCAACGUCAAAGCAGCCAUUAUUAUCGUUUGCAAAAAUCGAGUCAGCGCCAAAAACAUCGCAAUCAUCGUCAAGUUCAACGUCAAUAUUAUCGAGAAGCUCAGCAACGCGAAGAAGAUGAUUGUCAUCAUUAUCCGCUGCGGCGUUCACGUCCCGUUUCCAUGAUGCCGUCUAUUCAAAUUCAAUCGCCAUCCAGUUCGGAAUCGUAUUCCAUUUUGGCCAUGUCGACCCACUCGAAAAGUGCAGCCAUCAACAAACAUUACACACCUGCCACGUUUUCCGGCUCGGAUGAAGAGUCUCACCAUCGCAAUCAGUACAACAAAAGCGGAUUAUCUGAAGGACAUUCUUACGGCUCGACGAAUCCGUAUCAUCCGCGCUACAAUACGCCCGUCUCUGAGCUCAACAACGAUGCCGAGUCGGUGGUUGCGACGGCCGACAUUGAACAGGCGGUUGCGGUUGUUGAACCCGAAGAAAAGGGUGUAGCUGAUGGAGAGGAAGAAGAAGCUAAACCGGAAUUGAUGAAUCAUCCUUUAAUGGAUCGGGUCGCGUUAGACGAUCGCAAAUGGUCGAAGAAAAGUACGAGUCCUCGCAGUGUGGAUGACGGCGAGUUUACAUCCGCUGAGCCGGCCACGGGUGCCCUGACGUCUGCGACGCAUGUUGGCAUGAUUCCGACCACGAUCCAGCUGGUGGACGAAGCGACUCAGAGUUGUCCGUCUUCGGUCAGUGGUUGGUACGCUGGUCAUUUGAAACGUUGCCAGACGUCGAAAACCGACAGCAGUUGCAGUCUGAACGUGGUUUCCGCUGGAUGCGUUGUGCCGCUCGAUAUCGCUCGAUCCGCUCUGCCGCUCAAGGGCACUUUUCCGUCGUUCGAAAUUCUGCCAGGAACGGGCGGCCGAUUGGUAAACAGAAGGACGCAGACGGAUAAUGCCAGUUUGGCUUCGCUGGAUUGGGAUAAUUACGAGAGUGAGCGGUUGCGGUCUGAGAUGGAUGUCGAGGUGUAUUUGGAUGAUUUUGAAGGAGGAGAUGGUUAUCAUCGGUUGACGAACGUGGACGAAGGUGUGGAAGGUAUGACCAGCUCUGCCACGCUGAUGGCGUCUCACGUGUCUGCCGAUAUGACGUUGCAAGCGUCUCGAAUCUCUCAGCGAUCGGCUUCGUCUCCUUACGUCUUGUGUUUUGAAUGCAGCGAAGAUUUUAGCGUCAACAAUGAACGACGUUCCAGUGCCGGGUUCUUUUUCCCGCGGCACACGUCCAGCUCGAGUCCAGUUAGUCGUAAUGCCAAUCGUCGACACCAGCGUCUGGUGGCGCCACCGUCGCCACCUAAUCUGCUCGUGUCGCCUCAACAGCCCAUACCGUCUGGCCGUCAUCCGCAGCCGGACGGCCAAGAUGGACGAUCGAGUAAAGCAGUCAGACCUCGCCGAAAGUGAAAGGGAAUCAUUUCUCUAUUUUUCUUUCGUUAAUUGACAUUCAAUGUAGUAUGAUCCGUAUUUUGUUUAUAUGGAGACUAUAAUUUAAAGACGUAAUGUGUAUGUGUUUAAUGUUGGAAAAGACUUUGCAAGAAAUGCGUGUACUGCCUUCGCUGACAAUGUGAUGGAUUUAACUCCGACAUCCUUAUUUACA